UCUUGGACGACUGUUUCCACUGUGUCCCAGUCAAAAGAACUGUUAUUUGUUGGUCCUAUUAUGGAGAGGAGUGGGCACUUUCAGCGUCGAAACCCUUCCCAUUCUUCACCUUCAUCUUCGUCUUCAACCUCUUACCGCCAAUCUGCUCAUUCCCGAUCGAACCGAUUCGCCAAAUCUGCUCCCAAUUCCGUCGGAAGAAGAAUCUCCGGCCACCAAGAACCAGAAGCUGCCAAAAAUGAGCCUUCCGAUCCACCCGCCAUUGCCGGAACUUGCCCUUUCAUGUGUCCAGAGGAAGAAAGGGCACAGAGAGAGCGGCUUCGAGAUUUGGCUGUCUUCGAGAGGCUUAACGGAAACCCGUCUCUGUCGUCUCCGAGCCUGGCCGUCAAAAAGUUCUGCAGAACUAUAACUUCAAAGCAAGUGCGUGCAUCAGAUGUUCGGCCUCUCCCCAUAUUAGAAGACACUUUAACCUACCUAUUAAAUUUGUUGCAUUCUGCAAAACAUCCCUUUGAAGUUAUUCAAGACUUCAUCUUUGAUAGGACAAGAUCCAUAAGGCAAGAUCUUACCAUGCAACAUAUUGUCAACGAUAGAGCUAUUCGCAUGUAUCAGAAAAUGGUUAAAUUUCACGUCAUAUCUCAUUACAAGCUUCGGAAUCAUAGUAGCUUUCAAGAUGCUUCUUCACUACACUAUCUCAACCUGGAGCAGCUUACUAAGUCUCUGACAUCCCUGUUUGAUCUGUAUGAAGUAAAUCGAAGUUCCAAUUCUGCUUGUGAAAAUGAAGCUGAAUUCCGUUCUUUUUAUGUGUUGCUUCAUCUUGGUUCGAACAGCCAACUGAUGGGGGAGUCAUUAUCUCUGUGGUUUCGUCAUGUGCCUUCUUCAAUUAUGAGGUCCAAGGAAAUGUGCUUUGCCCGAGAGCUUUUAAGAUUUUUUAGGUUUGGCAAUUACAAGCGUUUCUUAAAUGCUGUAGCAGCUGAGGCGUCCUGCCUUCAAUACUGUAUUAUUGAACCUUAUGUUAACGAGGUCCGAGCAUUGGCUCUCGCCUUUAUUAAUAAUGGUGGGUACAAGCUUCAUCCAUACCCUCUAGCGCACCUUUCGAAUCUAUUGAUGAUGAAGGUAUCAGAGGUGGAAUCAUUUUGCAAUGCUUGCGGUUUGGAGACUUGCACAGAUGAAGAGGGAAAUAAGUUGUUACCGAUGAAGCAAACUACCUUUUGUCGUCCCAAGGGAGGGUUUAUGCGCUACGGCCUUAUGGGGUUAGACCAAUUUGAGGAUCAACUUUUAAAUUGUGCUGCAGGAGAAGGAGAAUGAUAGUUAUGUGGUCGCCUGUACUUUUCGGAACUCUAAGAGGACAUUUGGUUCAUGAAUUUAGAACUAUGAUUCAUAAUUAUUCUCGAUUUAUGUGUGUUUUUUAUGAGAGAAAAUAUUAUAAUAAAUUACAAAUCAUGAUCCGAAU